AUGCAUGUGUACUUCAUCUUCUACAUGUACAUGAAAAUAUAUAUAUUCACCCCAGAUGAGCUGCCCACAAAGCACUGGACCUCGACGGCGCACCUCGCGGAGCUCGCAGAGCGCGGGUGCACCGUCGUGCAUGGCAUCGACGUGCGCGACAUGCACGAGCACGUCGCGCUGAAGCGGAUGACGAGGUUCGACCGCGUCGUCUUCAACUUCCCUCAUGAGCUACUCAGGGCAUUUUUCAGGAGUGCAAAAUUCAUGCUUAGUGAAGGUGGUGAAGUGCAUGUGUCACACAGGGAUGACUACCCUUACUGUGAGUGGAAGCUGCAGGAAAUUGCAGAGAAAGAAGGGUUUCAGUUGCAUGAGAAGGUGGAGUUCAAGAAGGUGGAUUACCCUGGAUACCACAACAAGAGAGGUGGUGGGAUUAGGAGCAACAAAACCUUCCCUUUGAAGGAGUGCUUCACAUUCAAGUUCAUGCUGAAAGAAUGCAGAGAAAAAAGGGUGCUUCAGAUAUGCUCUGAAAAUGGAAGAGAAGAUUAUGAGUUGCAGAUCACUCAAAGAAGCGGCGGAGAAGAAGAUGUCACGAUGGUGGUACCGGAACUUGCGAUUUGA